UGGAGAUCACUUUAUAGAAUUGGAGUGUAGUCCCUUUAUGAAAGCCCAGUGUGAAAUAAAACUAAACUUUAUUUCCUGUGCCUUUAUAGAUGGGCUUGAUUUUAUUUUCCUUUUCUAAAAUUAAAGAUUUGAGAAAAAAAAAAUUGAAAUAUGAAAUGCCGACCCGAGCCGUCCAUGCUUCAAUACCAUAAAUCCCGUAUUGAACUCCUUCCUCCGGCGACCGGAGCUUCUAUCUAUCUAUCGGUAUUUUCACAUGCAGUACGCAGUCUCCAGAUUGAUUUACACAUUUUUCCGGUCAAUUUAUCGACUGUAUUUGGGUUGAGAGACAAAUGAUUGACUUGUUUCCAAUUGUUUGAUUUUACUGCGCUUUUUUGUCGGUGGAAUUGGGUAGAAUUAUUUUAUAGGGUUAGAGAUUCAAUGACUAUCGGAAGGAGAUCGAACGCGAAUAUCGGCACGGCGGUCGUCGACGUCUGGAGACGUGAAGUCGGCGAGCUAUCCACUAGAAGCUUCGCUCAACGCCUAGCGGCCUCCGAGGACCUUGUGCUUCGUCUCGAUAUCGUAAGAAAGCUAGACAAGCACCAUGGUUGCGUGAACACUGUUGGCUUUAAUGAUACUGGUGAUAUUCUUAUAUCGGGUUCUGACGAUAAGAGGGUCAUUCUCUGGGAUUGGGAAACUGGUCGAGUGAAACUUUCUUUCUUUUCCGGUCAUGAUAACAAUGUUUUCCAAGCCAAGUUCAUGCCUUACACUGAGGAUAGAAGCAUUGUUACCUGUGCAGCUGAUGGGCAGGUCAGACAUGCUCAGAUUCGUGAAUGUGGAGCAGUGACUAACUUGCUGACACAACAUCAGGGAAGGGCACACAAACUAGCCAUUGAACCUGGAAGCCCUCAUAUAUUUUAUAGCUGUGGGGAGGAUGGAUUGGUUCAACAUUGUGACCAUAAAACAUUUCAGAUCGAUCUGAGAACUGGAACUGCCACCAGCCUUUUCACCUGCAAACCUGUACCGAGCCAGAGUUAUUUCUCAUGUGUUCAUCUAAAUGCAAUCACUAUAGAUCCAAGAAACCCAAACUUAUUUGCUGUCGGCGGAGCAGAUCAAUUUGCUCGGCUUUUUGACAUCCGUAAAUAUAAGUGGGAUGGGUCAUCCGAAUUUGGCCGUCCUGUUGAAUACUUUUGCCCAAUGCAUUUAGUCAAAGAUGAGAGUGUUGGCAUAACAGGGCUGGCAUUCUCCGAACAAAGCGAGCUUCUUUUGUCCUACAAUGACGAGUUUAUCUAUCUCUUCACAAAGGAUAUGGGGUUUAGACCUCAGUCCUCUUUAUAUGAUGAUAAUGAUCCAGGUCCUUUGUCUCCUUGUAACAAGUCUCCUUCACGGGCUCUAGAAGAUGUAGCAGAUGCUCCUCAGGCCUACAAAGGGCACAGGAACUGUGAGACUGUGAAGGGCGUUGGUUUUUUCGGUCCUAGAUGUGAGUAUGUCGUGAGUGGGUCAGAUUGUGGUCGGAUUUUCAUUUGGAAGAAAAAGGGCGGGGAGCUCAUUCGUGUUAUGGAAGCUGAUAAUCAUAUAGUGAAUUGCAUCGAGGCUCAUCCUCAUGCUACGGUGCUUGCUAGCAGUGGACUGGAGCAUGACAUAAAAAUGUGGACCCCGAAAGCUAUAGAGAGAGCCAUUCUGCCAACUAACAUUCAAAAGGUAUGUGAUUGUUUUGAA